AUGAAAUUUGAUUCUGGGAUAUUUGUCAAAAUGAUGGCAAAUGGAUCCUCUGUGCUAAGAUUCGCGCGUCACGCAACGUACGUGAAUUUUCCUCGACCGGAUGACUGUGCCUAUCUGCAUAAACUCGAUGUCACCGAGCAGUGCGCCUUCGUCGAAAGUGCAGAAGCAUGCGCUGAAAGUCGUUUUUAUUUCAACUACAUCCGAUUUCUGUACUGCACAAUCGGAUCGGACCACUACUUCCUGUUUGCGCUGGGCUUCAUCUUCCUGAUGCUCGUGUGUGUCUACUACUUCGUGAUCCUGGGCACGACCGCCGAUCAGUUCUUUUGUCCAACGCUAGCAACGAUUGCGAAGAGCCUCAACAUCAGUGAGUCACUGGCCGGUGUAACGAUACUGGCGUUUGGCAAUGGAUCACCCGAUUUGUUCACCGCCGUCGCUAAUCCUGAUGCCGACACGGAGCUGAUGUUUUCUGAACUUUUCGGAUCGGCCGCCUUUGUGAUUGGCGUGAUCGGUGGCACGGUGCUGCUCAUACAACCCUUUGACUUUGCUCCGUUGGCCAUCUCCAGAGACUUGGCCUUCUUCAUCGGGAGUGUACUGUGGAUUACGUACAAGGCCAACGACGAACGGUUUACGUUACUGGAUAGUGGCGUCUUGAUUGGAAUUUACGUCGUGUUUCUCGUGCUCGUCGUUUGGGAGUUCAUCGUGGCUAAACGCGAACUCCACGGUUCGUUUCGGAACAUUCGUGAAAAGGCUGAAAUCAUCAUCCGAUGCCGGGAUCCACCGCCAGCAGCUGGUGUUAGGGAAGAACUUCCACGACCAGUGGCCGCGGAACAGGACAUAUUACCGAACGAAGGGCUGUGGAGCGAUGCCUGGAAACACUUGAACCCAAUCGAUAUGAACGAUUGGUGGGAGGCCGGAUGGUUCAUGCGAUCGUUCGCCAUCGCCAAAGUACCGUUCGUCCUGAUACUGCUGCUUACCAUUCCGAUUGUCGAUGUGACCGUGGAACGGGACGGUUGGUGCAAACUAUUGAACGCAUUCCACUGCCUCUCGUUGCCACUGCUGAUGGUGUGGAUUAAUGGCUUUGCUCUCGUCACGGUGGUCAAAGUACCGCUCUUAUGUUGGGUCGCCGCCCCGUCGCUUACGUUAAUGGCCAUCGUGUUCUGUACGUCCCGAACCGAUCGUUGCCCGAAGUACCACAAACUGUUUACACUUCUCAGCUUCCUGGGUUGCAUCCAGAUCAUCUACAUUGUGGCGCAGGAGGUUGUCAGUCUGCUAGAGACCCUGGGCAUUGUGCUGCAGCUCUCCAAGUCCGUGCUGGGUCUUUCGCUGCUCGCCUGGGGCAACAGUGUUGGCGAUCUGUUCUCGAACGUGACCCUGGCACGCCAAGGAUAUGGCAAGAUGGCGUUUGCCGCUUGUUUCGGUGGUCCGUUAUUGAAUCUUUGCCUGGGGUUGGGUUUGACGCUGAUAGCUAAAGCCUUACGUGAUCCUAACCUAGUGGCUCAGGUCCGCAAAGGUGUGAUGGGCGAGAACUGUGAGGCGUACCUGUUCCAAAUCCUGGCCACCACCUGGCUGGGUUUACUGUUCACCCGCUUCGAAGGCCGCCGAAGCAUCGGCCUGUCGAUGAUAGUUACGUACGCAGUGUUUUUGAUAUUUUCUUUCCUCGGCGAGUUUGAACUUAUACACCCCUACGGAACGGACCAUCAUCCGGACCCGUUUGCGGAAGGAUCCAACGCUGCUGGCAGGUAA